AUGUCAUCAACUCAUCCUCGUGAUUUACAUGCAGCUGCUGCUGCUGCAACUACAGGUGGUUUGCGUGGUGUUAUUGCUGGUGGUAUAACAGGUGCAAUUGAAAUUUGUAUAACAUUUCCGACAGAAUUUGUUAAAACACAAUUACAAUUAGAUGAAGGAUCAAGUAGACGUGGUGAAGUACGGCAAUAUCAUGGUGUUAUUGAUUGUGUAAAAAAAACAGUACGUUCACGAGGAUUUUUUGGUCUUUAUCGUGGUCUUAGUGUACUUUUAUAUGGAUCAAUACCGAAAAGUGCAGUUAGAUUUGGCGCUUUUGAAGAACUUAAAAAACAUUCAGUUGAUGAACAUGGUCAAUUAAAUUCAAAAACUCGACUUUUAUGUGGUUUAGGUGCCGGUUUAGCUGAAGCUGUACUUGUUGUUACACCAAUGGAAACUGUUAAAGUUAAAUUUAUUCAUGACCAACAUUUAGCUAAACCUAAUUAUCAUGGAUUUUUUCAUGGUGUUCGUGAAAUCAUACGAACUGAAGGUAUUGGAGGUACUUAUCAAGGUUUAACAGCAACUAUGCUUAAACAAGGAACAAAUCAAGCUAUCCGAUUUUUUGUUAUGGAAACAUUAAAAGAACAAUAUAGAAAAUAUACCAUGAAAGGACAAAAUACAUCAAUACCUGUAGUUAUUACAGGUAUAUUUGGUUUGAUUGCUGGUGCAGCUAGUGUGUUCGGUAAUACACCACUUGAUGUUGUUAAAACACGUAUGCAAAGUCUUGAAGCUGCAAAAUAUAAAAAUACAUUUGAUUGUGCAAUACAAAUUAUGCGAAAUGAAGGACCAUUAGCAUUUUAUAAGGGCACUAUACCAAGACUUGGUCGUGUUUGCGCUGAUGUUGCAAUUACAUUUAUGAUUUAUGACAAAUUUAUUGAAGCAUUUAAUCGUGUCUGGCCUAAUAAGUAA